UCUAGUGCAGUGUGGAGGUAUUUUGUGCGUCGCUUAUCACAAUUUUGUGUAAAUUUUUUGUUAAAGAAAAAAACAAAAGCAAUAAAAUCAAAAGAUUCUAUAAAUUAAAAAUUUCUUAAAAACUUUUACAACAAGAAGAUUAAUUUUUUAAUUAAAACGCUGUAAUAAACACGUGUUGUAAAGCGUUAAUGUCGCGUUGUGUGUAAAACGUUAAGUUGUAAACGUUAGUUGUCAAACGGUUUGACGGUAUUUCAUCCCUCUAACGAACGUUGUGGAAACAGCAUCUCCCUUACUUACACUUAAAACCCUGUCGCUCUCUCUCUCUUACACGCUCUUUACAUACGCACUUACACACAUACAAACACACAACUUAAUUACGCACCAAAAUAGAUCCAACCAUCAACUCAUCCAACGUUAGUCAGUCCGUCAAUUCAGCCAGUAGUCAUACCAAAAAGGUUCUAGUUGCGUAUCGCUGCUGCUGCCAACAACUGACUGACUUUACACUGCUUGCUUGCUCGCUCGUUGUGCGCCGUGUGUAUGUGUUUGAGAGUGAGUGCUGCACCAGCUUUCGUCUAUGAAGUUUUCCUUCAUGGGAUUUACGGGAAAUCACGUUUAUGAAAAGAUCAUUUGUGUUUUGUAAUUCGGCGAUUCAUGUCGUAUACAGCGCGCGUCGCAAAUGUUUAAACAAUAAAUACAUUUAAAUACAAAGAAACAAAAAUAUAUAAUAAUAAAUCAAUUGUGUUAUCUGAGAAAAAAAGAAAAUAUUUCAAAAAGUAUUUGAAAAAAAAGAAAAUUAUUUAACAAUAGUUUAGUUUUUUGUUUGUUUUUCUUUUUAACGCACCAUUAAAUUAUUUACUUUUAAACUUCUAAAAACAAAAUAAAUUUUACACAAAUAUUAACAAAAAAAAGUGUGGAAAAUAUUAAUUAUAAAGCCCACAAAAGGCCCAAAAAGUGUUAAAUCAUAAAAAUAAAACAAUUCAAAAAAAAGCAAAAUAUUUUAACAUAAAAUAAACAAAUUUUAAAUUAAAACUCAAUAAAUUUCCCAUAAAAAAAGGUUUCCAGUAUGUCCAAAGAAAACUUGUUAUAAAAAAUUAUAUCAAAACAAAAACAAAAAAAUUUCUUUAAAAAAACAACAACAAGUGCUGAAUAUUUAACUUAAACCCCAAACAACAAAACUUUUCUACCAGCAGACCUUUAAAGUGCCAAAAUUAAAAAAAACCAAACUUUUUAAACAAUCCAAAACAAAAAAAAUCGAUUUAAUAAAUAACAUAACCAAACCAAUAUGCUUACCAUGGAAUCAGAUAUGAAAGGUGGCAUAUUACAUGCCACCAUGCCACCACAUCAUGCAUCGGCUGCUUUGCAUGGUCAUGCCGCUUCACCCUAUAGUGCUUUGGGUCCUCUAAUGAACUUGGGCCAAUCACACCUGACACAGUCACAUCUGUCGCAUCAUCAUCAACAUCAUAUGACUUCACAUUUGGCCUCACAGACAACGGCCGCCGGCAAUGGCACCUCUAGUGCCUUAAGUUCUCUGCAAAACAGCAUGGCCCAAACUUUGAAUGGCAAUGCUGGACAGCAACAUAAUUCUCCCUUGCACAGCUCCAGCGACUUGAGUCCCACCCAAAGUUCACACACCAGCAUAGGCAGUCAUCAUAUGACCUCGCCGGGACAAUCACAUCAUCAUGGUUCACAUCAUCAUUCUGGUGGCAUGGGAGGACAAAGUACUCCUCUUAGUUCGAGCGGCAGUUCGGGUGGUGGUAAUGUUAAUAAUAAUAAUUCUUCGGCCGCCAACAAAAAUGCCCAAAGUGCUGCCGAGCGUGUUAAGAGACCCAUGAAUGCUUUUAUGGUUUGGUCUCGUGGCCAACGUCGCAAAAUGGCCUCGGAUAAUCCCAAAAUGCACAAUAGUGAAAUCUCCAAACGUUUGGGUGCCCAAUGGAAGGAUUUAUCUGAAGCUGAAAAGCGUCCUUUCAUCGAUGAGGCCAAACGUUUAAGAGCCGUGCACAUGAAAGAGCAUCCCGAUUACAAAUAUCGUCCACGUCGCAAGACAAAAACUCUUACCAAAACCAAGGAGAAGUAUCCUCUAGGUGUAGGUGGUCUUUUGCAAUCCUCAGAGCCCAGCACACCCACCGCCCGCACCAGUUCAGCUAAUUCGAUCAGCUCGGCUGCUCAACAGGCGGCCAGUGUGAAUCGUGAUAUGUAUCCCAUGAGUGCUCCCAAUGGUUAUAUGCCCAAUGGCUAUAUAAUGCAUGAUCCCUCGGCCGCAGCCUAUCAAAGUCAACAUGGCGCCUAUAUGGGCAACUAUCACCGUUACGAUAUGGGACAAAUGCAUCAAGCUGCUGCAGCAGCGGGUUCCCUAAACUAUAUGAAUGCCGCUGGUAGUGGUUAUGGCAUGUAUGGCACCGUUAGUGGCGGCCAAACUUCACCCUACGGCAAUAUACAACAGCCUGGCUCACCGUACGGGGGAGGCAGUGCUCAACCACAACCUGGUUCACCGUAUGGACUCUCCGGCCAGCCUGGUUCUCAAGUCUCCUGCCAAAGUCAUAGUCCCAGCGAUUCCAGCGUUAAAUCAGAACCAGUCUCGCCCAGCCCCAUGCACAGUUCAGGGGGACCCUCAUCCGCUCAACAGAAUUCCGCCUCCGCCGCCGUUAUCACCAACAACAACAAUAACCACAUAAUGAAACAGGAAUAUGUGAGAGCCCAACAGCCGUCUUCGGAACUCAACCACCUUAUGAAUAUGUAUCACCUGCCCGAUGGUAUGCAAGCUUCCGCCGCUGCAGCUGCUGCUGCCGCCGAGCAUCACCAGCGCAAUCUGAUGCACUAUCAGACCAGUUCACCCGAUUUGCAACAGCAUCAGGCGCAUCAACAUCAUCAGCAGUCGAUGCGUAGCAUGGCUCCUCUGGCCCAUAUGUGAGAAAUGGCAAGUGCAUAUGGAGGACACGCUACGCUGCCAACAGUUUCUGCUAGCGCGGAAGUUAAUUCCUGCAGUGGGCUUUCCCUAACAAACAAUACAACUCUAACUGCCCCGCCGCCGUCUAAUCAAAACAACAACAACAGCAGCAGCCACAGCUCAAGCUUAAGGCAACAAGAUGAACAAAUGCAUUUGGUGGAAACGGAUCACAAUACAUCCUCGCCGUUAAUGGGGCAACAACAACGUUUGCAACAAAAUGAUUUGUUAAACAGUAACAAUCAUCCACAACAACAACAACACUUACACUCAGGUAUUUCUAUAACAGAAAACUUAACAAACGGCGAAGGACGUAGCAUGCAGAGCUUUACAAUAAAUUCUCUUAAUGGACGCUGUAGUCCCACGGCCUCGGGUUCUUCCGGUGGCGGCAGUCGUUCAUCGGCUCAUUCCCUACCCUCACAUUCGCCAGCAUUACACCUCAGCAAUCACAAUGCACAGCUAACGGCGGCCUACCAAACACAACAGGGUUCUCUGGAUGCCUGUGGUCCAACUACGGUUGUAACAUCGGCUGCCAUAAUGGGUCGUCUAACGGCCGGCUGUGUGGAUUCACUGGGUAAUGCUGGUACUAAUGCCGCCACCGCCGGUUUUAAUACGCUAGAUGGCUGUGGCAAUGAUACCUUAUCUUUACUACAGCAUCAUCAUCACCAUGCCCCCAGUCAUCAUUUCUCCUAUUCUACUCUUACACCUCCCCACCAUCAUCAUCCUCUCCACCAUCAUCACCAUCCCCACAAUCAUCAUCACCAUCAUCCGCACGAUGCACCAGGACUGUUGGAUAUUUCCACUUUGUAAAAUACUUGAAAACAAAAAUUAAACUAAAACAAAUAUUGUAAUUUAAUUUAAAUUAAAUUAAUAAUAAAUAAGUUUUGGCGUUAGUUGUAAAUGAAGUAAAAAUACAAAUAAACAACAAAAAAAAAACUCGUUAAUUAAACGUAAAACGACAGAUAACAAUUUGUCAAGUGUAAAUU